AUUUUGUGCGGUACUGAAUCAACAGCUUUAUCUUUCUUGGUCUUAUGUGAACUAAUAUAGUACCUACCAACUUCUUUAAUGACAAUGACUUUCCGGAAGUUGAGAAUGUGUCACUUAUCUCGUUGCGCGUUUAUUUUCAUGACAAUAAAAUUUCCAGUAAAAUGUAAAAUAAAAGACAUGCUCUAACAGAUGGUAACCAUUAAUUCUUGUGAUGUUAAAUUCUUUACGCUCCAUUUUUUUUGUAAAUAAAGAAAUAUAUUAAUUUCAAAACGAUUAUGUCAACAAACAAGAGCGACGUUUAUUCAGACAGCGCCUUGAACGAGAGCCUGAAGAACACCGGAUGGAAAGCACGUGGAGGAGCAGACGACACCGCAGCCGACACAAAGAAGACAACAGAACAUGCUAACUCGGUGUCGGUUGUUCAGAUGGACGAUACUCCGGAUGAAGCCGAUGGAGACGGUGCUUUAAAGGUACAACACACAGACAAGGUACCUAACGCUUACGUCGGCAAACGUAACUUCAUUCACAAGCUGAUGGACGUCGCUCUCAUAAUGGCUAACGUGUCUCAACUUAAAGCUCUUCUUGCCUCGGAGAAUGAAUAUUUCUACCUUCUUCUAACAUUCAUCUGUAUGUCUAUUGGUUUACAGGUUGUGUUUACAAUUUGUAUGGUGGUAAUUAACUCUAUAGAAAAUACUCUUGAAGAACACAACAAGCAAGAUUCGUUACCGCAAGAACAUUGUCCAAAGAUUAAAAGAAUGACGGGACUUGCCACUUGGCUGGACAGAGCCGGGAGCAUUAUUGUUCUCUUUGUAAUUGUGUCUAAUGUUUUAAUAGCAGGGUUCGGUGUAGAGGGUAAUAUGAAACACACUGGUAGCCAAUCGUAAAUGGAAUCAUUUACGUCGAUCAUUUACAUUUAUCAGGAAACGUCUUUAUUUAAGGAUUAAGUUUAAGGAUUGCGUAAAUGAAAAGAUCUUUUAUCACUUGUUUAACCUUUAGCCUGCUGCCAGCAAGUGAUUCUGCCUUUGCGACCAGUGCAGACCAAGAUCAGCCUGCACAUCCGUGAAGGCUGAUCAUGGUCUGCACUGUUCGCUAUUCAGUCAGUAAAUUUUCAGUGAACACCCCUUCGAAUAAUAAAUGGCAUUGCCCAAAUGGAAUGAUGGACCAGUUCAUUUUAGAGAUUUAGCAGGGUAAGGGUUAAUUUACUCCAUUUGACUGUUAAGGUAAUGGGAUUACAUUAAGAUGGAGGAACUCCGUAAGUGACAAUCGAAGCGUAAUUUCAGGAAUAAGAUUGGAACAAUUGACUGCCAUCAGGCUAAUUGGACGACUUUCUCACGUGAAAAUUCAGCACAUACGAGACUCAAAGCGAUGUUCAUCGUCCGAAUAUGGGGUACUGUUAAUAGACAAUGACGCUAGGUGCACAUGCACCUGAAUAUAUGUAUUUGUAUUUUGUAUGUAUAGAGUAUACAUCAUGAUUGUAUAUUUUCAUAUUUGCUGUGAUAUUAUAGACUUUAAAUUAUUUAUCAAGAAAAAACGAACUAUUUGCAUCCCUUUGUUUGCGGAUUGUUUUUCUUAUAUUUCCAGCAUUUGUUCAAAAUAAAAUACUAGUUAA